CCUUACCUUUCUCUCUCUACCCUUUUCUAUGAAAACCCUAGGUGCCGGCCGCCUCAUUAUUCUCUCCUCUCUCUCUGCCAAAACUAGAAAAAAUGCAUAGUUUAGCAGUAAGAUCGCAGCUUUUUCAAGGCUAUUAUGGUGAAACAAUUAAUGUUUCACUUUUUUUCGCGAAAACAAAAUUCGAACACGUCGGGAUUUGGAAGCACAAAGGCUCCAAGUUCAACUCUUGGCAAGGCUGCGCAAUAAAAAGAUUUUGGAGGAAAUGGGAAUUGAGUCUGGAGAGCCGUAAGGAGCGAAUAAGGUACAGACGCCCGAUUUGCUGACCCGUCCGCUUAGGAUCUUACUCUGCUGUCUUGGAGUGCUCUCUUGUCCGGAGCCUACAUUUUGUCAUGCCUCCGAAAAAGGCGAUAGCUGCCCAGAAGGGCAAGUCAGUAGCGGCAGGGGAGACUAGUCAGGCCCAGAGGAUUACCAGGGCCCAUGCACUGAUUAUUCCCGAGAUUAUGCCCCAGUCGGAGGGCUCCUCUACACCGCCACCACCAGAGGGGGUUGUAGCAGCAGCAGCUGCGGAUCAGGGGGCGGCUCCACCGCCAGCUCCCGGGGUUCCAGUACCUGAACCUCCAGCUCCACAGCCAGGGGCAGAGGAUCGGGCCAUGAGAGAUGCGGUCCAGUUGCUGACCAGACUGGUAGCAGGGCAGGUUCAUAGGCACGGAUUUGGAGGUGAUCGUGCAGACAGACAUGAUAGCUCGAGGGCCCGGGAGUUCUUGACUUGUAAUCCUCCAGAGUUCUCCGGGACGAAGCCCGAGGAGGAUCCGCAGGAGUUCGUCAGAAAGAUGCAGCGUACGUUGCGGUUGAUUAAGGCUUCCGCGACCGAGUCCGUUGAGCUAGCUUCAUAUCGGUUGUAUGACGUAGCUGCUAAUUGGUAUGAGUCCUGGGAGUUUUCCAGGGGUGACGGCGCUCCCCCAGCAGAGUGGGAUGAGUUUACUGAGGCCUUCCUCGACCACUUUCUGCCUCCGGAGCUACGGCGGACUAGGACCGAUAGAUUUUUAUUGCUGAGACAGAGGGACCGCAGCGUCCGAGAUUAUAGUCUGGAGUUUGACUCAUUGGCCAAAUAUGCACCUGCCAUGGUCGCUACUAUGACUGAUAGGAUGCACCGGUACAUUAUGGGGCUGGACCGUUAUUUGGUCGAUAGUUGUCUGGUGAUGGCCGCUCAGCCUGGGAUGGAUAUUUCCCGUAUACAGGCGCACACCCAGGGUAUGGAGGACCGGCAUAAGGGGCACCAGCCCGACAGGGGUCAUGACCGAGGGCAGCCCAAGAGGGCCAGGUCAGCUGGGUAUUCUGGGGAGUUUUUGAGUAGGCAGCCUCAGCAGCAGCAGCAGUCUAGCAGGCAUCCUUCCCAGCCGGCACAGAGCACACCUCCGCAGUUUUCAGGCAGGAGAUUUGGCAGCCCAGGGUAUUCAGGAGCAGGCUAGAGCUCCAGGGCUUCAGGUUUGCGGGUAGACAUGAGUUCUGGUCAGACGAGGCCACCCAGGCCUCAAUGUUCUUAUUGCGGGAGGCCCCAUACUGGAGAGUGCUAUCGUGCCACAGGUGCCUGUUUUUCUUGUGGCCGUCAAGGCCAUACUAUGAGAGAGUGUCCACAGAGGGGCGGUCCAGGUGGUACGGCUCAGCCUACUGGGUCUGCUGUUGGUUCAUCAUCUUCAUCUGUAGCUAUGCGCCCCACGGGGCAAGGUACACCAGCACCAACAGGCCGCGGUAGAGGCCGUGGCGGAGCUUCCAGUUCUGGCAGUUCUUCGAACCGCAUCUAUGCCCUGACUAGUCGACAGGAUCCGGAGGCGCCACCAAAUGCGGAUAUAGGUAUAUUAUUAUUGUUUUCUCGAAAUAUAUGUGUAUUGAUCGGUCUAGGCUCUAUUUUGUGGUAUAUUUGCCCCUCCUAGUUACUAAUAGGAUUGAGACAAAACCCGAAUUGAUAAAAAAAAAAAAACCGUUGAGGUAGCCGUGCAUAUAAUAAAAGGUGAGUCUUGAAGAUUUAGAAGGCUAAUACAGUAAAUGCAUAAUCAGAAAAACGACAGACCCUCUUUAGAUCGGAGUGGGACCCGCUACGAGAACUUUUCGGAAAAUUUUAAGACCUCGGCUUGCCCUAGAUUGUGUGAAAAAGGUUGUGUAAGGAAGUGGGUGCAAUUAUCUCAGUAUUACCGAGUCAAAAUGCACCAAAGUUUUGAAGUUAAGCGUGCUAGGGCCAGAACAAUUCUGGGAUGGUUGACCCCCUGGGAAAUAUACUAAAAUUUUCACGAGUGUAGA